AUGUUCAUUUGCAUAGCUAGGACUUUGGCUCGAAGUCCCGUGCGACGUUUAGGGCGACCGGUUCGACUAAAUUUGCGAAUAGCAUAUUCUUCCAAAACCAAACCGCAUCCAACUACUUCUAAGGAAGAAGAACCUACUUUCUUUGAAGAAAACUCCGAAAAUAACAAGAAUAGUAUUCCAUUCAAAGACAAGUUGUCAAGCUUUAUAGUUAACUUCAUUAAGCAAGAGUCGCAGGCAUUGGCAUCUUCAUUUGACAACGAUCUUCUCUAUGGAAAUGCCAUAGAUGUCAAUACAGACUACAGUAUCAUUCUCGAGCCACAACUUCAGAGCGAAAUAGACAAUGCCUUGGAUAACUACAACAAGCUCUUUAUACUAUUGUCACAUAACCCGAUAUCCAUUCCUGCUCAGGCAUAUUUGCAUUUUUUGGAGAAAAUUGACACUCCCCUAGAUCUGAAACUUAGGUCUCUUUUGUUGAAGAGACUUCUAUACCACCAGCAGUAUGAAACGUGCUGGCGGAUUUGCAUAGACACAUAUACUUCUUUGACUGAUAUUGAAGAUUUCAUAGACUUGGCAGCUGUAAGUUUAAGGGAGAACAACAAUUCCACCUUUGGGCUAAAUCUGCUUCUUGUUGCUUCCCAUUCUCAGGUGUUCAACCAGAGACUUCAUAACCAUAUACUUGACACCCUAAGUUUCAAGUUCAAGAUUCCUCGUCCAGAUCUUGAACAUAAAUUGAGUUUCUAUGACGAGCUCCAGACGAUGCAGACCCUAGAAGAUUUGGCGUUAUUUAGGGAGAAUAAUGGGCUGUAUAUGUCAAAUGAUGUCGACUACGAAGUCAUGUAUUUACGAAAACACAUUCUGCUCAUCCGGAGCGAUACAAGCAUAAAAGUGAGCGACUGCUACGGUUUGCUUCACGAAAGAGAAAACUUGGUUAGAAUGCCAGGUUGGCUCAGUUUCAUUUCACCAUCAUUCUUGGGAUCCACGACAUUGAAUAAUGCUGUAGGAUCUUUAGUCUCAACCCCAUCCAUAUCUACGAAAAUCGUAGAAAGCAUCAAUCACAUAUUGAGGACAAACAAACAUAUUGGACUCAACGAAGCUGAUGUCGUGUACAUACUUAAUUCACAGGCCAAUAUUAAGGCCUACAACAUCUACCUGUUAUAUAUUGCAUCCAAUCCCCUGUUGCCCAACAAGCGGAUUGUCAACCUUCUCAUGGCACAAGUUAUUUUACAACUACAUUACGUUCAGAUUCGGUCGAUACUCUUUCGUCACUACCAAGUCCUAGACGACGAUGUCUUGGUUGAGGCAUUGGUAAGAGUAUUGGGAGAGUCUACUAAAGACUUUGAAGAGAUUAUAGGUAAACUCUUCAAGAACUCUACUUUUUCACAAUCACUAACAAUUUCUACUACUAUUGUCGACUUAGCUGUUAACUCUGGCUACUCGGUGUCACAGAUUGAGCGAAUGUUGCUCAUUUUCCACGGGUUCGACAAGUCUGGCAAGUUGUUAGGAAACUUACUCAAGUCUGAGACACUCCUGUCAUAUUCUGAACAACAACAUAUAGAACUAUACUCCAAAUUAAUCAUGGCACCAGAGAUUAGCUCGACCAAGACGCUACUUGAAUUGAACCGUUGUAUACUUCGCCGUGGUUUGAUUGAGGAGACGUUGAUAAGUGGCAUUCUUGAACGAGUACUCAAUAGCACCCUACGAAAAGAUUUCAUCUUGGCAAGAGCUCGCGAUCUGAAAAGAAAACUUCCCCAGGGUUUCCAACGUAUUCACAUGUUAGCCAAUGUGAGUGAGCGAGCCAAUUUCCACAACUCACUCAGAGCCUUGGGCCAGACCUAUUCUCUCUUAGGUGCUAAAGACAUGGCACGAGUUGUGGACAUCACCAGCAACUAUAUCUUCUCGCGCCACUUCACGUUUUGUAGAGACAAGUUUGGGCGUGAUUACUUGAUUAAUAAUGUCGUAUCUGAGAUGAUGCGAUUUGUAGAACGAGAAUCACGUACAAAGCCGAAAGAAACGAUUUUCAAAGUCAGAGACUUGUUAACAGAGUUGAAGAGCGACUCCAAGGUGAUCCGGUGCCAUUUGUUCAGAAUGAUGGUAAGAGAGGAUCCUUCAAAGGCGAUACAGUUGCUUCAGUUCUACAGUGACAACAAGUCCAGCUUGGCUGGGAUCAUACCGUAUAUGAUUUCGGGAAUUCUUUCUACAGAGAAGUUGGAGAAGAAUCGCAAACUUCAGGUUCUAGAUCGAUUCCUUUCUGAGCUUGUGGUUUUGGGAUACAGGCAUAGAAUUACGCAGAAGACGGGCCACGAGUUGGUGAGACUCUUGAAACAGGAUAGUGUUUCAGGCAAAGCGCUUACGCCGCAGCUGGUGAGCUGGAUUCUUGAGUUUUCACGUAACAAUAAGGCUCUUAACAGAGUGCUACAAGUACAUUUCCGCAGAGACAAAAAGAACACGUUGUAA